AUGAAUCCAUUAAUUAUGAGAGAUGCUUUAGAAGAUGGUUAUCCUGUCACCGUGGUGGAUAUGAUAGAGGUAUCAUAUAAUCAUGAAUUCCAACGUGAUGUAAAAGAAUUCAAAGAGAAUAUGAAACAAAUGGCAGAGGAAUUCAAAGAGAAACAUAGAGACAAUAUGCAUUCACAUUCGUUCUGGUGGGCCAAUAGAUACACCGGAGGUGAUCAUGGACACCACGGUAAACCACUCGACCAUUGGUUCGGUGGUGGAAGAUCCGAAGAGUCUUUUUCCAGUUUCUCACCAAAGACAAGAGUCGAAGAGACCGGAAAUUCGUUUGAGGUCGAGGUCGAGUUGCCAGGUAUCAAAAAGAACGAUGUAAAGAUUACUUUCUCAAAGGAUACUUUGAUUAUUGCCUCCAAAGAGGAUGUCGUCCCAACUACACCAGAAAGCUCCACAGCCAAUAGUGAGCAACCAACUACAACAACCAGCAACAACGCAACAAAAUCAAAAUCAACCAAGAGAUUCCAAAAAGAAAUUCAAUUCUUUGAACCGGUUAGUUUUGAAAAGAUUUCUGCAAGAAUGGAAGAUGGUGUUUUAUAUGUUACUGUUCCAAAAGAACAAAUUGAUCAUCAAGUCAGCAUCCUUUAA